AUGCCAAAUAAAUUUAAAUAUUUUUUAUUAAAUUUAAUUAAUUUAUAUUUAAUCCAAAUAAAUUUAAUUAAAUGUCAAAACCAAACAGAACAAAUAAAUAAUCAGACAAAUUCCCCUAAUAUUCUACCUUUACAAUUAAAAAUUGGAUUACUUUUUGCUAAUUCAACAUCAGCUUUACGUUUAUUAUUUGGAUUUGCUCAAUCUGCACCAGCAAUUAAUUUAGCAAUAAAGAGGGCUCGAAAUGAGAGUUUAAUUGAUAAUGUUAAUUUUACGUUUACAUGGCUAAAUUGUGAUUGUGACACGUCUUUGGCUGCUGGAUAUACAAAUAAAUUAUUUCUUGAUGAAAACGUUGAUGCAAUUAUUGGUCCGCCAUGUGUUACAGCCGCACUUGUCGCAGGAUAUGAUGCUUCAUUUUAUAAUUUUCCAAUGUUUUUGUGGGGUGCUACUGUUGCAGCAGACCUUUUUGACCAAAAUGUUUAUCCAACUGUCACAAAUAUAAAUUCAAACACAAAAAUGCUUGCAAUGGCUGUUCAAUCUGUUAUUUGGGAAUUUCAAUGGAAAGAAAUAUCUUUAAUUUAUAUUCAAGAUGAUGCUAGAAGAGCUUGUGGCUAUUUCCAAAAAGAUUUUGAAGAUAUAAUUAAUCCUAGUUCAAAUAUAACAAUUGUUUUUAAAAUGGAAAUAUACCCAAAAAUGGAAAGUAUUAAGGAUGCAAUUAAAGAAUUAAAAAAUAGAUCGAGAAUUAUUCUUACCUGUUUUGACAAUAAUUAUGAUAGAAGAAAUUUUCUUUUAGCAGCAACAGAUAUGGGUUUAGUUGAAAAUAAUGAUUAUGUUUUGAUUAUUCCAUUACUUAGAAAUCAAGGAAUGCUACAAAUGGUUUCUAUUGGAAGAAAUGGAUCUAAAUAUGAUGGUUUUUGGAAAGAUACUAACUCAACAAAUGAUGGACGUGAUGCUGAUGCUCUGAAAACAGCUAGACGUUCAAUUAUUAUUGACUUGGAGAAUAGAUCAAAUGCACAGAUUGAUUCAUUUAUGAGUAAAAUGUAUGCAGAAUUUGGUCAACCUCCAUUUAAUUGUAGUGAUUCUUGUAUGGGAGGUCCUGAGGAUCAAAAUCCUUCUUCAUUUUCUCGAAGUUUACAUGAUGCUACUUAUGCCUAUUUACGUGCUUUAAAUAAUACAAUGGAAAAAUUUGGUUAUAUGACAAAAGAAAUGGCUAGAAAUGGAACUUUAAUUACAAACAUGAGCCGCGGGGAAUUUCAAGGAGAAACAGGAAAUGUUAUAUUUGAUCAACAAGGUAAUCGACAACCGAUAUUUUAUGUAACAAUGCUCGAUGCUUCUGAUCAACCACAAGUUGUUAUGGAAAUUAAUUUUGUUCCAAAUAAUACGGUAAGAUUAUUAUAA